AUGUCAAAUGAAAAGAAAAUUCUACAAGGAAUAACAAACAGACCUCCUUUGGAAAGAGCUGAUAAUGAGUUUUUAUGGAAUACAGGAUUACAACUUAGUUUAAGCUCCGGCAUAUUUUUUUUAUACAUUUUUCUAAGACCUAAAGUUAAAUGGCUAUAUUCACCGAAUAUUCAAGGAAAACGGAGCCAUCCAUGUUAUAAUUAUACUGGUUAUUUAAAUUGGAUGAUACCGAUUUUUACUGUAGAAGACACCAAAUUACUUACACUGAUAGGCCUAGAUGCUUUUAUGAUGUUGCAAACCCUUAAAUUUUUGUUUAAAAUUUUUCUUUUCUUAUGUAUUACCGUACUACCUGUCAUCGGUUAUAUUUAUUGGAAUUAUUUUCUUUAUUUGGGAAAACCGUCUACACAAUAUUUAACAAGAAUGUCUAUAGGAACUAGAUCAACGAGUGAAAUGAGUUAUUACUUAAUUUUAUUCUACGGAUAUUUUAUAAGUGCUUUUGUGUUUUACUUAAUAUACAUAUAUUACAAGAGAUACACUGUUUUAAGACAGCUAUAUUUAAGAAAUCCUGCUAUUUUAACCUCCAUUUUUACUUUAAAAAAGUUAUCAAAACAUUUAUCUUCUCCAGAACAAGCUGCCGACUAUUUGAGUUUAUCAAACAGAACUAUUUUAGUAUCAAAUUUACCUAACUUUAUAAAUACCGACAAUGAUUUGAAAAUUUUUUUCGAAGAAAUGCAACUUGGCGAAAUUGAAAAUUCUGUCAUUUUAUAUGACACAUAUUCUUUAAGAAAACUCUACGAAGAAAAGAAUGAAACUAUUGAAAGUAUAGAAAAAGAAAUAAAUCAAACUGUAGUAAAAAUGAAUAAAUGGUCACAAAAAAACAGAAAAGAUUGUGAAGAAAGCUUUCAACAUUUUAGUGAAAGUUUAGAAAAUACUGUAAAUUCGGUUUUACUUGAUGAAUAUGUUGAUGAUUCAAAAAAAAUUCAUAUGCUUAAAAUUUUUGCCGAUACCGACGAUAACUUUAAAACUUAUUUAAAAAAUCGCGAAAAGGCUUUAAGCUUUUUUUUUGAUCAAUUGAAGAUUCUUUAUGAAAAAAUAAAAAACGAAAAAGAGUAUAUUAAAAAUCUUGAAAACCAAGAUAAUACGGAAAAUAUUACAGAACUUGUUAGUGAGCAAAAUGCAUUAUACAUUCCUGGUCAUAUAGAUAAAGAUGCUAGUUUUUUCUCUUUUUACCAUAUUUUUCACAUGAAAAAAUACUGGCCUUAUUUUGCUCUUGAUUUUCCAAUAGGAGCAAAAAAAGGUUUUAUAGUUUUUAAAGAGUUUAAGGAUGCUAGUAUCGUUAAACAAGCCAAAAUAGGUUCUAAAAUCUUUUCUGUUGAAGCACAAGAUGCACCAACACCCAAUGACAUUAUAUGGGAAAAUAUAAACAAAAGUAGCCUAAUUUCUUUUUUAUUUAAAGCAUUUGGAAAUAUUGCAUUUACUAUUUUUAAUGUGAUUUUUGCAUAUUUAGCAGUUCAAACUAUUGAAAUGGUAAAUUUAGACAGAUUUAAAGAAAAUGGUUUUUUAAUAAAAUUUUUUAACGACCAUCAUGCGAUAAGAGAUUUUUAUACAGGUAUUGUGCCGGCUUUAGUGUACAAUCUCUUAUUACUUAUAGUUCCAAUUGUCAUUACAACGCUUGUUAAUUUAGAAGGAAUUUAUUCCUAUUCUGCCGCACAAAAAAGAACUAUGUCUAGAUAUGCAAAUUUUUUGUUUUUUAAUGCGUUUUUGUCAGUAUUUUUUGCAGCAACUAUUUAUUCAAGUUUCAUAGAAUUAAUCUCAGAUAAAUUAACUUUUAAAGAAUUUAUUUUGGAAUUAGGAAACAAGAUAAUUACUUCUGUUGUACUUUUUAUAAACACAGCAGUACAGAAAUCUUUGUUUGGUACUUCAAUGCUGCUAUUAAAACCAGGUCCUCUUAUUGUUAAUCAUUUUUUGAAAAAUUUAUUUAUGAAAAAGACUAGAAGACAAAAAGAACAGGCUGAAUUUGCCCCACCAUUUGACUUUGGCUCUAUGUUUCCUGAAUUACUAAUAGUAUUUCCAAUGUUGUUUUCUUAUACAUUAAUUUUUCCUUUUGUUUUAGUUUUAGGCUUAUUCUAUUUUGGUCUUAUUUAUUUAUUCUAUAAAGGAGAUUUUUUGUAUAGUUCGAUGAAUCACUAUGAAUCUGGUGGCAAAUUUUGGGAGCAAGCCGUAACUUUAAUUAUUUAUUCUGUCUUAUCUUUUCAAGUAGCCACAGCAGCUGUACUUUUUUAUCAUAAUGAGAAGUUUAUUGCCUUUAUGUUUUUACCUUUGUUUUAUGUUACUUUAAAUUUUAAUUCAAAUUUAGAUGAUAUUUUUAGUAAAAGUUGCAAUUCUUACCCUUUAAAUUUUCAUGAGGGUGUUUAUUUAGAUGAAUUUACAGAAAAAUUAAAAAAAGAUAGGAUUAAUUUAUUAGAAAAUUGGGAUGAAGAAUCUCAAACCAAAGAUAUCGACAGUCUUAAUAUAGACGAGUUCGGGCACAUAGACGACCGUGAUGUAGGACAAGAUUCAUACUAUAAAGAUCCAUCUACAUCAACCAACAUUACAAAUUUGAUGUUGCCUAAAAAUUUUUUUAAAUUACUUUUUGUUCUCAAAAAAUUUGAUAAAAGUAAUUUUUUUGGUUAUAAAAAUUCUGAUAUUUAA